CCCGCUGACGUCACCGCCCGAGGUGGCGCGAGCUCUCCCUCCGGUGACGUCACGUGGCGCUACCGCUUGGCCCCGCCCCCGCGCCGCGCCGCUCCGGGACCCCGGGCAGGAGCCGCCAUGGAUCUGGUGCUGGAAGCCGCGGACCGGCACCUGCUGACCCCCUACGUGUACCCGGCGGGGUGGCCCGAGGGCGAGCCCUGCCGCCAGCUCCUCAGCCUUUUUGUCAUCACCAACCUGGGCGCCCUCACCCUCUACCUGCUCUUCGGCACCCUCAGCUACUACUUCAUCUUCGACCACGAGCUCAAGAAACAUCCCCAGUUCCUGGAGAACCAGGUGAGCCGGGAGAUCGCCUACGCCGUGCGCUCCCUGCCCUGGAUCAGUGUCCCCACCGUGGCCCUGUUCUUCGCCGAGGUGCGGGGCUACAGCAAACUCUACGACAACAUCGAGGACUCCCCGUAUGGCUGGUCUGGUGUCUUCCUCAGCAUGCUGUCCUUCCUCUUCUUCACUGAUAUGGGCAUCUACUGGAUACACCGUGGUCUCCACCACAAGCUGUUUUACAAGCGCUUCCACAAGCCCCACCACCUGUGGAAGAUCGCCACGCCCUUCGCCAGCCACGCCUUCCACCCCGUGGAUGGCUUCAUGCAGAGCCUGCCCUACCACAUCUACCCCUUCCUCUUCCCCCUGCACAAAGUCACCUACCUGGGCCUCUACAUCUUCGUCAACGUCUGGACCAUCUCCAUCCACGACGGCGACUACCGCGUGCCGCGGCUGCUGCGGCACGUCAUCAACGGCUCUGCCCACCACACCGACCACCACCUGUACUUCGACUACAACUACGGGCAGUACUUCACCCUCUGGGACAAGAUUGGGGGCUCGUAUAAGAGCCCCACGUCCUUCGAGGGCAAAGGCCCCCACGAUUACCUGCGCAAGCUCCGAGAGAAAGACUCGGCGGCGUCCAACGGCAUCGGGGGCUCCAAGAAAGACCCGGGAGCAUCCAACGGCGUCGUGGCCUCCAAGACUGAGUAGGCUUCCUCCAAGUGUGUCCCUUCUCUGGGUGGAUCUGGUCCCAUUCCUCACCAGCCACCCAAGACUGUUUCCCACGGACAAAGAGCCCCUGUCCCUGAUGACGUGACCAGCGUGGGGUGAUUUUUGGUGAGCACGGCGUCC